UUUGACUGAGCAGUCUCGCGCGUCACGUAACAAGCUUAAAAAACGUUAAAAUUAAAUGAUACGGUAUCAAACGCCGUAAAAUACAACUUAUUAAAAACAUCUAAUACGGCUGUCUAUCAACUACAAGAUUUCUGCACUUAUUUUCCACGAUACUCGGAAAAGGACUACAAACGUCUGUCAACGGACUACAAAUCCCAUCAGCCCGCAUCUUUCCAGAAUAGCAUCGCGUGCUCUCGUACUCACGCGCACUCUCGCGUACGUGUGUUGUCACUAGUAGCGAAGUUGCUAGCUUCAGAUUCCUUUGUUUUUUUCUUAUUAUUUCUCUGCUCUCUAACUCGGACCAACAGGAUGCAGAGUGCCAGUCCUGGGAGUAGGGAUAUAGGGUAUUUCCCCUCCAUGUACUCCCCGUUUCCACACUUCACCGUUCCUGAUAUGAGCAUCUCAAAGGGACAAACCAAUGACUCACUUCGCCUGCCGGGAAGCUCCACAAUCAACUCGAGCUGGGAGAGGAGAUGUCUGAGAAAGCACAGGCGAAGGACAGACGACGAAGUCUGCAGUGCCAAAAGACCAAAGAUGAUGGACGAAGGAGAAUCCUAUCCUUUGGAGAACACGAGGUCCAGACCAGUCUCAGGGUGGAUGGGCAAGUGCACAACAGUUCAGCAGUGCGCUACGGCCGUCCCGCCGUGCCCAAACCUCCAUUACAGUCAGAGCCCUUUACCUUCUUCAAGGGUGGAGACAGAAGGCUCCUGUAUGGAGGUGGAGGCGGCGCAGAGGAAGCUACAGGAGAUUGAGAACAGAAUCACUCUGGAGGAUGACAGCGAUGAGGAUCUGGACAUAGAGCCGCCUCAGCGCAGACCUGUACUCGUGCUGUCAGACAGCCUGAGGGAGGGGCUACAGCGCGGCAUCGCCGACAUUCUCCCUCAUACAGUAGCACAAUCAGUGAGCCAUUCCUGUAUGGAGCUGGUGCUGUGGCGCCCCCCAGAGGACCCGAUCACUCAGCAGCUGAAGGACUCUCUCCAGAGACAGCAGCGUAAACAGCAGCCCGUGUGCAGACAGACCCCGACGCCCGUCCCCAUUCCCAAAGGGCCAGACGAACACACCUUCAGCUCACUCACCUGUCCGACUGCAGCCUCCGGCUCCACAGAGGAGGACAUGGAGCUAUAGACUCGAGCCUGCAAGCACGAAACUGACUUUCUCCAUUGACCGGAGGAUUUUGCGGCGGGUGGGUGGGG